AUGUCGCGCGCGGCUGAGAAGAAGCCUGUUGGGUUCGCGACCCAGCUCAUCGCGGGAGGUACCGCCGGGGCUAUGGAAGCUCUAUGCUGCCAACCGCUCGACACCAUCAAAGUGCGCAUGCAGCUCUCCAAGUCCGGCACGGCCCCAGGGACGAAGCCGCGCGGGUUUAUCGCGACAGGGGCGAUGAUCGUCCGCCGCGAGACCCCGCUCGCGCUCUACAAGGGCCUCGGCGCGGUCCUGUCCGGGAUCGUGCCCAAGAUGGCGAUCCGCUUCGCGAGCUUCGAGCGGUACAAGGGGUGGCUCGCGGACAAGCACACGGGCAAGACGAGCGUCGGGAACAUCUUCGUCGCUGGCCUUGGGGCAGGCGUGACGGAGGCCGUGAUGGUCGUGAACCCGAUGGAGGUCGUGAAGAUCCGCCUGCAGGCGCAGCAGCACUCGCUCGCGGACCCGCUCGAGGUCCCGCGCUACCGCAACGCCGGCCACGCCGUGUACUCGAUCGUGCGCGAGGAGGGCUUCGCGGCCCUCUACCGCGGCGUCUCGCUCACCGCGCUCCGGCAGGCGACCAACCAGGGCGCGAACUUCACCGCGUACCAGGAGCUGAAGAAGCUCGCGCACAACCUCCAGCCCGAGCGCGCGGACCUGCCCUCGUACCAGCACAUGCUCAUCGGGCUCGUGUCGGGCGCGAUGGGCCCCUUCUCGAACGCGCCGAUCGACACCAUCAAGACGCGCCUGCAGAAGGCGCCGGGGGCGCCCGGCCAGAGCGCGGCGCAGCGGAUCGCGGCGAUCGCGCGGGAGAUGGUCCGCCAGGAGGGCGUGCGCGCGUUCUACAAGGGCAUCACCCCGCGCGUGCUCCGCGUCGCGCCGGGCCAGGCCGUCGUCUUCGCCGUGUACGAGCGCGUGCGGAGGGCGAUGGAGACGAUGCAGGGGAGCUCCGAGGACAGGACGUUCAGCGAGUGA